AUGCAGUUUAUCGCCCAAAAAGCGUUAGGCACUGAUUUAUUACUCGACAUUGAUGAAAUAUGUGAAGAAUUCAGCCAGUUCACCGAUACGAAAAUUGGUCUGAAAAGCAGACUCGCACAAUGGACAACAGAGCUUCACACAUUCCCUCAAUUCGAUAAUGACACAAAAGUCCAAAUGAUGUUCCGGCUAAGCGCUCCUGUUGAUCCUGAAUUUCUUGAAGAACUGAGGAUAGAUGCAGAAGUAGUGCUAGACGACCAAGAAAGAAUCGUCGUGUAUACUAAAAACGACGGUUGUCUGGAGUUGAAUGUGCGAAAUGGUAAUAAGGGAGAGCGAUUCUUCAAGGAAAAUGAGAAACAUUUGCAUUUAUUGAAAUGGAUUGCUAAAAAAUUGACAAUGAGAAACAUUCGUGAUCCGCAAGUUCGGUUCCUUCGAGAAUACAGCAGAGAAACAGAGACCUCGUUGAAUGCAGUAGACAAAAGAUUGCGAAAACUAAAAGAUCAUAUCUAUAGAUUAUCCGAAUUUGAUAAAGCUACAAAAGUCAAAUUGAUGUAUGUAUCGAAUACAUGCUUGCUGGACAGUGUUUUGGAAGAACUUCGGAAAAAUGCAGAGGUGAUCGUGGACAGGCACGGAAAGAUUUUGAAAUAUAAAGCCAACGACGGAAGUUUGGAAAUUGGAGAUAAUGCAAGGAAUAUAAAACGAAAACUGGUCAAGGAAGACAUAUUAGAUGUGUUUCGUUUUGUUGCCGGAAUAUCUGAAAACUUGACAGCGCCCGUCUGCGUGGCAGAUAUUUGCGGAGCUUUCCUUGAAAAAACGCAAUCCAUGGAGAGCAUAAAACAAUUGGCAGGAAGAAUUUAUCACGGACGCGCGAACGUACAGAACAUGAAAGAGUUUGACACUGAAACGAAAGUGAAGAUUCUUUAUGCACUUCGAGUUCCAAUCCAUUUUAAGUGUCUUUCCGAUAUUGAGAAAAUUGGAAACGUAGAAUUGGAUUCGAAGCAAAGAAUCACAAAAUACGUGUCAAAAGAUGGAAGCUUGGAAAUUCCUCAUAGUUUUAAUACUGACUUGGAUACGGAUAGGCCGGAUAACGCGCUACGAUUCAGUUUGACUAGUUCACUGAUUACUACGAGAACGACACUGGAGACGAUUCCUAAGGAAAAGCCAGAAGAACCUCCAAUAAAGAGAACGAGAACGGAAAAGUCUCCUGCACCAGUGGAACCACCACAAAAAACAGCGAUAAUACCAGUUGCUGAAAAACCAGAAGGACCGCCGACCACAAGUCUUUGUUACUUUCUAAACAUUUUCCAAAGUGCUCUGCGGACGUUGGACUCACCGCUUCUAGCCGAGCCGUAUAAGAAAAUGGAGGAUUUUAUUCAUCAGUUAGAAGGGAAUGAUCAUAUAAUCCCUGCGAAAACUGUGCUCAAUUUUGCUGAAUCUUGUUUUUUAUCUGUAACAAAAAGCUUAUCAGUCAAAUUGGAGCCGGGAGAAGAGACAAUCAGUCUCCGAGAUUUCUUGGUUCUUCUGAAAGCUGCUACUGGAUACUUCCGCAAUGAAGAGUUUCAUAAAAGAUUGGAAAAAAUGCUUGCAGAUCUUGAAGAACAGGAUAAGGUAGUAUCCAUGACAUCGAUUCGAUCUGCGUUGAAUUCAACACUCGACAUUCUACAGACUAUAACGCUCACUUGA